GCGUCUAUUUUUCAAACUCUAUAUCGGCCGGGAAUAAGAUGAUCCUAUGAAAUCCGAUCAAUGUGAAACCAAAUAACCAGACAAUAUCUGUUUCUGCAUAUACCCCAAAUUUCUUCCAAAAUCAACCAAAUAAUGCCUCUAUAUAAGGCCACGCCCUCAAACUGACACAACACAAUCACUAAGCAGAAGCGCCAAUACAUAAUAGAGGCCAUGGCUUCCCUCCCCUUGCUCUGCAUAUCUUGUCUCUGCCUUUUCUUCUUUCCCCUUUCCUCAUCCGCUGCUCUGCUCUUUCAGGGUUUCAACUGGGAAUCAAGUAACAAAGGAGGAUGGUACAACUCGCUCAAGAACUCCAUCUCUGACCUAGCCAGCGUUGGAAUUACCCAUGUUUGGCUCCCUCCUCCUUCUCAAUCCGUUUCUUCUCAAGGAUAUCUUCCGGGAAGGCUAUAUGAUCUGGACGCAUCAAAAUAUGGUUCCAAGGAUCAACUGAAGUCACUGGUCGCAGCUUUCCAUGAAAAGGGAAUUAAAUGCUUGGCUGACAUAGUGAUCAACCACAGAACUGCAGAGAGGAAAGACGGAAGGGGAAUCUACUGCAUCUUCGAAGGUGGCACUCCUGAUUCACGUCUGGAUUGGGGUCCAUCUUUCAUUUGCAGAGAUGACACUGCGUAUUCUGACGGUACCGGAAAUCUUGACAGUGGAGAGCCAUACGACCCCGCACCGGACAUCGACCAUCUCAAUCCUCAAGUUCAGUCAGAGCUAUCAGAUUGGAUGAAUUGGCUGAAGACGGAAGUAGGAUUUGAUGGAUGGCGAUUUGAUUUUGUGAAGGGCUAUGCUCCCAAUAUCACCAAAAUUUAUAUGCAACGAACGUCACCGGAUUUCGCAGUUGGGGAAAAAUGGGACUCUCUGUCUUACGGACGAGAUGGGAAGCCUGAGUAUAACCAAGACGCUCAUCGUGGUGCCUUGGUAAAUUGGGUGAAAGAGGCCGGCGGCGCUGUGACUGCCUUCGAUUUCACAACCAAAGGGAUCCUUCAAGCCGCCGUACAAGGGGAGCUAUGGAGGUUAAAGGAUUCGAACGGGAAGCCGCCGGGAAUGAUCGGGACAAAGCCAGAAAAUGCGGUGACCUUCAUUGACAAUCACGACACGGGUUCCACUCAGAAACAAUGGCCAUUUCCUUCGGACAAAGUCAUGCAGGGAUACGCAUACAUUCUAACUCAUCCCGGAACACCAUCAAUAUUCUACGAUCACUUUGUGGAUUGGGGGCUGAAGGAUGAGAUAGGGAGAUUGAGUGGGAUAAGGCGGAGGAACGGGAUCAAUGAGAAAAGCAGCGUCAAGAUCUUAGCAGCUGAAGCUGAUCUGUACAUGGCAGAGAUGGAUAGCAAAAUCAUAAUGAAGAUUGGGCCUAAGAUGGAUCUUGAAGGGCUUGUUCCUUCUAAUUUUCGACUCGCCACGUCAGGCCAAAACUACGCCGUGUGGGAGAAAUCUCCACAUCAUUAUACCGUAUAAUAUAUUCCAUCGUGGCGGAACAUGCUUUUCCUGUUUAAACUCACCAGUCAUGCCCAAACAAAUGUGGUCGAACGGCUCCUACAGUGUUUGACCACUUAUAUUUCAGAAUAUUUAGAACUUUCAUCCUGGAUCUGAUCCCUGUCUAAGGCAUUUGUAUUAAUGUCUAGCUUUUAUAUUAAAUAAUGGAACGUGCUGGUAGAGCUGGAAAAUGAGCAAGCUCACAUUUUAUGUGUUCAAACUCAUAAA